AUGGCUGAAGAUGAAGCAAAAGAGUCGCGGCUCCGGACGCACCUGCGUACUGCUCUCUUCUACACCGGCAUCUUCCUCGUCGUCUUCUGCGGCGGGGUCAUCUUCUUCAUGCCCUUUCUUCUGGCGACAAACUUCUGUGUCUCUUUAGUCCUUAUCGCCCAGAGCCUCAUUCGCGUCGGGCCGUUGCCUAGUACAAAUGGGCAUCGCGGGCGGGGCGGGGCUGUCCACUUGUGCCUCAUCUUUCCGGCGUCCAUGAUAUUCACGUUCGUGCUUCCGAGUUACUUCGUCCUGUCGGGAAGGGUCCGCGAUGCCGUCCUAAGUCUGCCGAAGCGCUUCGGCUCGCCUAAGGAUGCAGAGCACGUGGACUCAACUGAGAAGGUCGUGAUAUGGCUCGCUCGAUCUUCCUGGAGCUACUUUCUGAGUAUGGGCACCCGGACCGGCGCAACAAUUGGCUCCUGCUUUUGGGCAGAAUCGGGAUCGACUGGUCGUGUAUCCUCGACGAAUUCGACUACCCUAUGGCGUACCGUGAACUCGGCAAUUGUCGACUUCGUGGUCUUGCGCAGCAUGAAUUUCGAGGCCAGGGUCCUUCGUGUACUCCGAUGGGUGCAGAGCCUCAUUGCUGUCAUCGUCAUCGCCCCAGGCUUUUACUUCGGAUCAGAGCCUGAGGGUUCAGGCGUUGUGCCCAUGUUUUUCUCAUUGCAGCUUCAAGUCUGGCUGGCUCCAGUGGGGUUUCUGAUGUACUUCUUGGACCGUCUAAAGACAGCUGCUUCUGAAUUGGACUCACUAGAGGGGCCAGAGUUUGAUACUCUGAGUGGUACGCGCAAAGAAGGUUUGGUGAUAGUUCUGGUCAUAGAACCGGGCCAUCGCGAGCAACCAAUCUGUUGCCGCCUCAAGGUCAACGAUCUGGCUUCGACACAGAGCAUUCAGUAUGAAGCUCUUUCAUGCGUCUGGGGUCCGCCAGGUCUGGCUGAGGCAAUCCAGAUCAAUCACAGUGCAUUCGCGGUGUCUACCGCUCUAUUCCAGGCACUUCUGCACCUUCGCCGCCGCAGAGAGCCACGAGCAAUUUGGAUAGACGCAAUUUGCAUCAACCAAGCAGAUCUCGCUGAGAGGAGCGCCCAGGUCCUACUGAUGCAGCACAUCUACUCGAUGGCUUCCGGUGUGGUUGUGUGGCUAGAUGAAGUUCAACCUUGGGGGCUGGGGAAUCUGGUCGAGGCGGCAAAUAGUUCUCUCGAGGCACAUAACUGCAUACACUACGGAGCUGUCAAAGUGUUGUCAAACCUGCUCCGAAGACCCUGGUGGACCCGAGUCUGGGUGACCGAGGAACUUGUCUUGGCCCGCGACGUCACGGUUUGCUGUGGCUCGCAGACUCUGGGCUGGGAUCGUUUCUGCUGGUUUAUGGACAGCAGCGCAUUGCUGCCUUUGUUCCCGAGUACUGGUAUAUAUAUUGACGAGUUUCGAGCGUUGCGGGACAACUGGAGAGCCAGGACGACGAUUUCGUCACUUGGUGAUGCACCAAAAGCCACAGGCUCCGAGGAUGUCGUCCAACCCCGCGAGGCUCGGGCGUCAGACCUAUUGUCCCUGAUCUAUGACUUUCGCUCUAGACGGGCCACCGAGCCUCGUGACAAGGUCUUCGCUUUCCAAGGACUGGCGCAGGGGAUCGGUGGCCUUUCCCUAGCCUCAGGCCAGCCGAUUGACUUAGAGACACUCCUUGUACGACCUGAUUACGAACGCCGCAGCUCGCUCAUGUCUACCGACCUGGCGCGAAGACACAUCCGGCGAACAAAGAGCCUAUCGGUCAUGGCUCUAGCAGAAUGGGCGAGGCAGACGAGCCCAUCAAUGCCUAUGGACACGGGCCUGCGCUUCCGGCCGUUCUGGACUGGACUACCGGGCGAGGGGGACGAUAAUUUUUCCUCGGCUGGAAAUAUUCCGGUCCAGGCACUUCCGCCAGAGCCAGAUUCUCUCACAGUUCCUCCAGAUUGGAAGCAUCUUGAUCUAGAUGGCUAUGCAAACUAUAAUGGGAAUCCACACAAGCUGGAUGUUCAGGUGUUGUCUCAUCUGAGCGAUAACGUAGUGGAAACUGGGCCGUUGGCCGGAGGAUCUAUCAACGCGCUGGUCAACUCGACCAUGAAAGUUAUCAGCAGGCAAGCAUCAACGAUGGUGAACUCAUUCCAGGGCCGGAAUGCAUGGGACUCGGUAUUGCCUACCUGGCGACGGAUGGCAAUGGAAGCUCAUAAGAGCCGCAAAUCUGAACUGGGACAGGCAACAUUCGAAGAAGAAUUCCAACUUAGCAUCACGGCGGGAGAAUUCUCGGCUGAGCCUUCCUCGGCCAGUCAACAAAUUGGCUACACAUCGUCUCGGACAGCCGAAGCCAGCACAGCAUCGGCAAAGAAUCAGGCUUAUAUCGCAGCCCGCGAAGCCACCUGCGCCAACAGGGCAAGCUUUGUCACGGCAGGCGGCCACUUCGGAAUCGGGCCCCCGGAUGUUCAGGUCGGCGACGAGGUAUGCGUGGCGAUUGGGAUACAGGUUCCCGUUAUCCUACGGAAAGUAGGGAGCGCGGAUGAUAGGGACCAAUGUCCGCAGUAUGAUCCAAACGACUGGCUGUUCAUCGGAAAGGCGUAUUUACACCAGAAGAUGGUUUACCAUGGCGAUCUUGCUGAGGAGAUUCGAAGUGGCUCGGCCGCUGUUGAGACGCGUGUUUUGACCUAA